UGUGAUGACGCGGUGGUCAGGUGUUGCCUCAUAUAACGAGGGGAGCUGUCCAAGUGCUGAAAACAGAAGAGAACAGCACCGUUACUGAGGAGAUGCCAUACACCUUCGCUGCUGUCUGAGCUUUAUUGCCAAAGGUAAUAAAUUGCCUAUAAUGCUGCAUUUCCACCACAAGUUGCCCGCGGGGGGAGCCGUUGUACUGCUCGCCUUCCUCCUCCAUGGAUGCGCCGUGCAGGCUGCGUCUCUCCCCCGCCACUACAGGCUCCGAGGCGGUGAGGGUGAGGGGCAGCCGGCUGCCUACCCACCCAGCUCCGACAUGAUCAAAGCCCUGGAGUACAUUGAGAACCUGAAACAGCGGAACGGGGGCCGACCUGAACCCACGGAUUACGACGAAGUGGAGAAGUUCAGGGUCCUGCUUCAGCUCGCCUCGCAGCAGGACGAGAGUCCCGGAGACCGUCAGCCUGCCCCCGGCGUGCAGAGGCAGGACAUUACCGCUGAGCAGCUGAUGAAAACCCUGCUCAAGUCUAUUCAGGAUCGAGCCGGGAAAGACGUGAAGCUCAGCCCCGUGUCGGCGCCCAGAAACGACCGCCGCACGCACCGGCACCGCACCAAAGACACUGAAGUCCCCGUGAGCGCACCGGCAGACUACGGUAAUUUCCCCAGACCCCACAAGAAAUACCCGCUGAUGUUUGAGGACGAGGAGAAUACAGACGCUUCCAAGCGGGCCACAGAGGACCUGGAUGAGCAGUACACGCCCCAGAGCCUCGCCAAUUUACGCUCCAUCUUUGAGGAGCUUGGGAGGAUGCCCACAUUCGGCGGCCAGAAGAGAGACGUGUUCGGGGACGACGACGACGAUGAGGAAGGCUUCAGCCUGAGAAGUCAGACUUACGACGAUGUGGCCGGAGGAGAGGAGUGGGUUCCCGUGGAGGACAGGGAGGAGACGGAGGAGAUGGUCAACGGGAGCCACGAAGAGAUGGACAGAGCGCUCGGUGAGCAGGAGGAAGCGGAGAGGGAGGAGAUGCAACGCCGGAACCAAGAGGAGACCGGUGAUGACACUAAGAUGGUAGAUUACUACCUGUUGAAGGUCCUGGAGAUGAGCGACCAGACGCAGAAGAGGGACAAGACGGGAGAGCAGAGGAAGAGGCUGAUCCGCCCUUCCAUCCUCGAUCCUCGGACAGUGAAGGAGCUGCUGCAGCUCUCCCUGAGGCUCCACGUCCCUCCACAGGACCUCAUCGACAUGCUGCUCACAGAGGAGCUCAGGAAGCUCCACCGCGAACCCCAAGCCUCGGCUGGCCGCUACCCGAGCGGCCAGACCCCAAAGAUCAGGUACUACAGCCGCAGACUGCCGCUGAAGAGCAAGCCCGUACCCGAGGACAUGGACAGAGAGGACUUUUUAGACAUCAUCGGCGUGGAGACGAUCAGUAACGAGUAUCCUGUAGUGCAGAGACCCGUGAAAACCUCUCCCCCCUUAGACAGAAUCCCAGUGGCGUCCAAACCUGUUGCAAAUCCAGUUCAAAGUCCGGUUAAAAUCUCUCCCCCCUCCGGGCGCAGGGAGAACCUCUUUUUAUCCGAGCUCAACAAAAUGCCUCUGAAACGUCAGGCUGACGGCGCUGAUGAUGAUGAAGAAGAUGAUGGCGAUGUGGAAGACGAGGUGACGACUUACCUAGCGGCCAAAAUCCUCACAGAGUACCCCAACACCAUCACCAAGCGGGACACCCAGUCGCAGCUGAAGGGACAGUUCCCCUACGAGCUGUACGAGCGGGUUAUGAAGGACUACUUGGGGCAAGCGGACACUGAAAAGAGGCCAGUGGCCAAGAGGGAAACCGAGGUGGCCACAGAGGAGAACGUUGAGCCCACGGAGAUGCAGGGGAAAGAGGAGAUCACGGCCAAGACCUCGGCUCCACAGACCGUAGAUGAAGAGGAGGAGCACCCUGAAAAAGCAGUGGCUGGGAUGUAGCCUGAUGCCCUGCAAGACGCAUGGAAUUAUGAAUAUAGUAUUUAAUACUGUCUCAAAAAUAAAGUUUGGUGGACGUGAUCUAGUUUACAAAAUGUAUAUUAUAUGAACUGGUAUUAAUAUCACCCUAACGAAAAUGAACUAUUGCAAUCUUAUUGGUCCAAAAACAUUUUGAAAAUAUAGCCUACUAGUCCCUACUUGCUGCAAGAACAUUAUAGAAAUAUAUUGAUAUCAUAGGAGAUUAAAAGGUGCAAUCCGUGUAUAAAUGAGAAGAAAAAAAACAAUAUAUCCUCAAAACACUUUUGAUUUGAACGUGUUGUCAAAUUGCCAAUUAAUACAUGGACUUAUAUCAAAACACAAUGAAAUCCAAGUUAUGACAGUUGUGUGAUGUUGUUAAAGGUUUGUUUACAUUAAUGGUGUUUGUGAACAGGCCUAUAUUUUCAAUUAUAAUCAACCGAGUAACAGUAAAAACACGUAUUUUCCAUCAAUGUCAAACUAUUCAAUUGUAUGUGAAUAUAUCUGUAUACUUUACAGAUGCCUUCAAAAUCGCAAGCAUAGAGUUAAGUGAAAGGAGUACUAAAGGAAUAUUAUAGGGAUUUUUUCGUUAGGGCAGUGUGCUGGGCUGAGAACGAGUGUUGUUGUGACUCGUGAUAUAUUCAGGGUUAGUAGAUUUAAUGUCAUUAUUAUGGAUAAUUAUUUCCAAGUCUGAAUAUCAAACCGUUGCCUGCCUUCCAACCCUUUCAUACUGCGAAGCUCUGUAUUGUUGGCCUACCAGUGGUUGUGCUAUGUAUGCUCAUUUUUAAACCAUUUUGUACAUGUUCAAUAAUGUGUGAUGAAUCACAGAUGAAUAAAGCAUCAGCGGUAUUAUUUUUCUU